AUGCACGCACGGAAAUUCCAAUUGAUCGACCCCCCCUCCUCUCUGUCAGCUCCAUCAUCUUUCAGUUCAGAGGCGAAAUUACGACUUCCCCUCGCGCCAGUCAACCAGCAAGACGGCCAUUGUUCUGUCAUCUCAUUCAUGUCGCACCGACACAAGUCCACUGCUGCUUUCACGUGGUGGCUAGACGCUGUCGGCGCGCUCUUGACGCCUCCAGCGCUUGCAGCUGACCUAGUCAGCUCGGUGAUAUUCAAGCUGGACUCGAGGAACAAGAAGGAGGUGAUCUCCAGCGGCAAGGCCAGCCUGCGCGUCUACAAAAACGAGGACGGCACAUACACGCAGACGAUGUCGAUCGAUCUCAACGAGGUGUUCACCAAGGGCGCUGCGCCCUACUACCGCCUCUUCCGCGGCAAGCCCGGCACGGCCGGCUCGCAGGCGUUUAGCGGGUACCAGACGGUGGGGUGGCAGCGCAGCAAGUCGCCGUACAACCCGCUGAAGCCGUUCAUGAAGGGCCGGCACUCGCUGCAGCACACGGCAUCGUACGACAGCAUCACCGAGGCGCAGUACGACGCGUACGUGAAGCCGUACAUGGAGCAGCCGUCCGGCUACUACCUCGUCAUUUACUACCCCGGCCUGCGCCCCGCCAUGCAAGGCCGCGGAAGCGUUGGUUGA